UUUGGACCCUUCACGUAUCGUCAUCUUCUUCGCUUCGUCUACUUGUUUCCCUCUCAUCGUAGUUCGAUUCAACUCUUCACGAGCUUCCUUCUUUGAAUUCUCUCUCACGCAAGAGACUUUUUCACAUUGACGAAGAGCGAGUCCAACUUUUCCUUUUUAUUGAUCCACUCAUCUAAAAGGCUUUUGAUUCUUCAACUGUGGUCUCUGCCUCCUAAAAAUCACGAGGAAUCCCAGUUCUUUGAAGACCAUUCUUUUGUAGAAACCGGUGACUGGGUUUUCUCUCAUUUUUUGUUUAAAGGAGAAUUCCUCAACUGGGUACCUCAAUUUCUUUGUGAAGUCUCAACCUUUUUUUGUGGGUUUGUAGUGGAUUGAGUUAUAGCAGAGCCAUGGACGAGUCAUCUGAGCGGAGACAUUCGUUUGGUAGCUCUGAUACGAUUAGAAUAACAGGAACAAUCAUGAUAGUAGCUAUAAUUGUACUAUUUGUAGUGUUUGUUUUUGUGCUCUUUCUCCAUCUCUACGCCAAGUGGUUUUUGUGGCGCACGGAAGAACCACCAUCACCUCAUCCUAAUCGCCGCCGCCGCCGCCGUCGAUUUGUCUUUGCUCCUGGCCAAGACCCCACUCUUGCCGCCCGUAAAGGCCUAGACCCGGCCAUUCUAGGGUCCCUCCCUGUGUUGACGUUUGAUUCCAGUGAUUUCAAAGAUGGAUUGGAAUGCGCAGUUUGCCUUUCUGAACUUGAACAGGGAGAGAAAGCAAGGCUACUCCCCAAAUGCAAUCAUGGGUUUCAUGUCGAGUGCAUUGAUAUGUGGUUCCAGUCCCACUCCACUUGCCCUCUUUGUAGAAACACAGUAGCACUUGAAGGCUCAGAGUCUGUCAAUGAUGGCUCCCCGGAGGAUAUUCAGUCGUCACAAGAGAAUUUAGCGUCUGGGAUUUCCACAGAAUCUCCUAAUUUUCCAACAAAUGUGUUGUUUUGGGGCAAUGAAACUCAAGUUAGCACAGGUGGUGCUAGCUUGGAUGGGACACCUUCUUCUCAAUCACAACAUUCUUCAACUUCAUCUUCUUCAUCAAUGGCAGUUAUUAGUAGCAGGCAAGAUCAAGAUCGAAUGCUGGUGAUCGAUAUUCCUGUGCAAAUGAGUGAGAACUUGCAGUCCUUAUCCCCAUCAAGGUUUGAGGAGGAAUCUAAGUCUCCCAUGACGACACGGUUGAGGUCAUUGAAGAGGCUUUUGAGCAGGGAGAAAAAGUCUGCUCCCAGCAGCUCUAGUAGCUCUGUUGAUGUCUAAGAAUUAGGACCGAACAUUUCUCGAAUGUGGAUACAGAUUCUCGAAAAGAUUACAAUAUGCUACUGCCUAAUACUCGAUCAUUCAUUCUUAAAGGUAUGUUUCAAGAAUUGGCAGUUCUGUUUUAAGAGUUCUGCUUAAAUCAUUUACAUCUCUAUGGGAGUGAAGUCAUGCAUUUCAGACCAUUCUGUCUGUGUUGUUACUGUUGUACAAUAUUGUCUAUCGGCAGAUUUAGACACAACUAUUGGAGAAAAAAUAGAUUGUAAGAAGGAGAUGAUAAGCUUUCUCUGUUUUGAGAAGGUGAAUCAAUCCCUCUCCCACAUAAGUUCACUUUGAACUUAAAUUGUAUAGCUGUUGUUCCAACUAAUGAAAAUUCAAGCUAUUUUCUUUAUG